ACCCUGGUUUUCAUGGCGAUCAUUCAAUGGCGCAAUCCCAUAGAUCCAUAGAAUUCCUUUGAUCCCUCAUCCAUGGCGUCGUUCUUGGCGGCGUCUCUUCGAUCGAAGCUCGUCUCGUGGCUUCGGCCGUGGGUGGAAGACGAGCCGGAGAUUGACCUACAGCUAGGGUUUCUCAAAUCCCAUGGAAUCGCCAAGAACAUUGUAUUUAAAGCUUCGGCUCUGGAUUCUUUUCUUGGUGAUUCUGCUCGGUUGGUUUUCAGGCGGGUUAGAGUCAGGGAGUUCUCUGUUCGGGUUUGUCCUUGGUCGAGCCCUUCGAUUGUUGUUGAAGUUCGGGGCGUUGAUGUAACGCUUGCUCUGAGGGAGACGGCAGAGGAGGAACGGUUGAUCAGGAAAGAUUUGGCAUUCAGGGAGAGAAGGCAUAGAGAAAGGAAGGAGGUGAUUGCUUCCAUUGAUCCUGAGGGUGCAUCUCUUCAUGAAAUGAUCGAAAAGUUGAUACUUGGGAUGUCUUCUGAAAACGGGCUUAUGACAAUGUUGUCCAUGGUUUUCCUAAGGAGCUGUCAGGUACUUCUCGAAGAUAUACACUUGCAGUUACUGCUUUUUGAUCCCCAUGCGGGCUUUUUGAAGGUUGACAAAUUUACUGUUGAACCCCAUUUUUCUGAGAAAGCCUCUCUUUUAAGAGGAUUUAUGCACUUGCUACCGUUUGCCAAAAGGGAAAACACUAUGGAGAUUAAUUGUCAUACUUUGGAGCUAGGAUUGAAGGAGAAUGCCCAUCCAACUUGUAUGGCGUCGUUGGGGGGUUUAACUACAAAUAUCAAGUUGUAUAAACUUCAACCUGCUGGCUAUGUUGUUCAAGCUGAACAUUUAGACUCCAAAUUUUCUCUAAUAGACAUUCUUAUUAUUCAGAUAGUCUUGAAUCUAAUAACUCCAGAUGAAAGAGAGGAUACUAGGAAUGGCCAGGAUCUGUGGAGAAUAGCACUGCAUAAAGCUGGCUGUUUGACUCUGGGUAGGUUUUCUUUGCAGAAGGCAGUUGAAACGGUUAUCCUCCAGCUUCGCUAUGUUCAUGCUUAUGAGUCAUUGCUAUUAUUGGUUGGCUACUCUGCUGGAAAGAUGUUUAAGUCAAAUUUAGCUGGUGCAUUCAGUGAUAGAAAAAAAUUGAACCUUGUUGACCAUCAGUGGAGAGCAGUUUGUGAACUAGAGAAGAGACUGCCUGCUGAUGCUGUUGGACGAGCACGUCGAAUAGCACGUAAGAGGACUUUGUUGCAAUUGCACGCUAAGAACAUGGAAUCACAUGCCAGGGCCACUACUACUUUCUCACAUAAAGUUCUUCUUCUGGCUGUACUUUGUUGGAAAGCUAUCAUAGCCGUCAUGCAGUUUGUUGGUCGCUUUGUCGACAUGCUGAGUUUUUCAAGAAAGUGGUGUAAAACCAGCAGAGCAUCCUCACCUUUUCAUCCUCGUAUUUCAGGUGAUGUUGAUGAGGAGCUCCCCUUCAGUCUAAAUCUUGGGAAACUUAAUAUCACUCUAUGUCCUGCAUUUUCUGGCCAAUCUAUUCUAAAUGACAAAGCAGGUACUGGCUAUAAGCCUGACGAUAAAAUCUUUCCUUCAUUUUGUGUUCUGGUGAACCUUUUGUGCAUAGUUGGUGUAUCUGGAUCUGCUGGAAAAUCAGUGUUCAUAGCUUUUGAAGAACUCAAAGUUAGCCAUUCCUCUUCAUUAAUUGUUUCUCAUACAGGGAGUGAUCUGAUGCACCAGAGAAAUCAAUCUCCUAAAAAGCUUCCCAAUGCUAAAAGUACAAAAAAGGUCAUAUUGUGGAGUGAUCCUGCUCCAAUGCAUCAUCCUGGAAGAUCAGAUAUUAUGAAUUCUUCUAAUUAUACCAGCGAUGGCAUCUAUAUUUUGAAAAAUAACCUAAGGUCCCUGUGGUCAAAUUGGAUGAAAAUUCAUGGGGAGUAUGAAGAGAGUGGUAUUAUGCACGUCAGGCAGCCCUUUUUUUUAUGUGAGAUUAAAAGCUUUCUUGUUGAUUCAAGUUGUAGCAUGGGGGAUAUUGGACUUUUGAAAUGUAGUUUGGUACUUGGAAAAUUGAAUUUAGAAUUGGAUCAUGGGUUUGUUUUCGAUGCUACUCUGCUGUUUAGGCAGGUGCAGCACUUUGUUCAUCGGACUGAUGUGAUUGGGAUAUGGAGCCUUUCACCCUCUUCAAGCUAUGCUGAUAUGACGACAGAAAUCAGAUUGGAGGAUUCAUUAGAAUUCUACACUAACAGAAUGAAAGUGGCCAUAUUUGGUAUAAUUCCUAAUAAGAACAUUCAAGUUGGGGCACAUAUAGCAGGGACUUGUAUUAGAAUGUCAUCUCAAAGAGAAAAUUUUCCUAUUACCGUAGAUCAUGUUGUUAACAUUGAUAAGGGGAAUGGUGGCUAUUGUGUAGGAGUUGAUGUGGGGGAUAUUGACUUUGUUAUAUGGCCAACUUCUAAAGUCAUUUUAUCAAAGUUGAUGGGGAAAUCAGGUGUGGCUGAAGCAGGGGCUGAUUUUAUUUGGUUAAGAGAACUUCAGUUGGUAGAAACCCCAAAGGCACAUGGAGAUGAAAGUUUUGUAUCUCAUGGCUGUAUUGCACUUAAUGUCUGCCUAAAGUUAUAUGAAAUUACUGCCUUUGUUUCUGAUUUAAAACAAGACCAACAAUCUCUCUCUGUUGGACCCAUGUCAAUUACUUCCCAUUCAUCAAUGCGCAGAGAUUAUAUUUGUUCAUUAUUCACAACAGAAAAUGUCCUAUCAUUGGUUGUCAGUGGACUAACCACUGGAGCUGCUGCUUUAAUAUGCACAAAUUAUUUAUGGGAAUUCAUUAAGGUUGCUGAAAACUUUCUUUCAUUGGCAUCGCGUCUCCAUAUUGAUUCCAAUGAUUUUGGUAUUUUGUAUGCUGAAGAUUUUCUUGGCAAGUUAAUUAGCUAUUCCAAGAAAGUAAAAAAAAAGAAAAUAAUUCAAUCCAGGGGUCUUGAGAAAACAAUGAUCAGUAAGAAUACUGCACAGGUUCAGGUUGAUACCAUUAUUGAGUUUGAGUCAAUAGAUGUCAUUUUCAUUGACUCACAAAGACAUGUUACUGGGACUCAACUGACGUCUGAUGCAGCUUCUAGCAGUGGCAUGAUUAAUCAUAGCAUGCCUAUUACAGACAUGUUUGAUCUUCCUGAUUAUGGUCUUGGAGUUUUUAUUCAGAAACCUUGUAUUAAAAUUUCUUGGGAAGAAAAGUUUUUGAGAAUGGUGAUGGAUUUGUCUGGGGUUCAGUCAGUCAUUUUCAGGCAUCAAAUUCUGAAGGAAUUCCACACUAAUGUACCACACAUUAAAGGAUCAAUCUAUCAAUCCCUUAACCAUUUUUAUGAAUUUUCUCUUUCUCAUUUUAUAUUUUCAUUAUAUGCUGGCUCCCAAGGCAGUGUUAUGCCUUCUUCAGAUGCCUGUAGUUCAGUAGAUGGUUCUGACCUCUGCAGCCCUAGGACAUUGUAUACAGUGGAGGAGCCUCGUUUGGAUGAAGGACCCAGUCACAUAUUUCAUCGCCCUAAUCUCAAACUGGAAACAAUUGAAUUGCUUGCUGCAAACAAUCUUAUGCUAUAUUCAGGUUGUGGAGUUUUAGUUGACAUCAGGCUUGGAGACAUGCUGAUGGUCGAAUACUCCAUGAAAAUCCUUCAAACAAAAUUGGAUCGAGCCAUGAAGCUAAAGUUCUCUGUCCGUGUCAGUGAAGAACAUACUACAGUCAAUUGCAAAAUCCAGGGUGGCUAUAUAUUUCUUGAAACAUUGGCAUUGACUACAUUUGUUGAGUGCUUGGAAGCUUACUCUCUGCUGAUCAGUACUUUUUCACAGUGGAUAUUUAAUGUGCCUCAAAAAUCAUCUAGACAAGCUGAAAAACCUGUCUUUCAAGAAAGUCUUGGUGGCCCUACUGACCACUGUGAUUUGGUGCAUGCUACAACACCUUUGUAUUCAACAUCACAAAAAGGGUUCCUUCAGUCCAAAUUGAACUUCUUAGAGGACCUUGCUGUAGAUAUAUCACAAUUUUCUUUUAUUCUUGCAGUUCAAGAUGGAUCUGGUGGGUUUCAAACUUCUUCUGUAGAGGUUGGCGCCACUUUUAACCUUAUGAACUUUGGGAGAAAAGUCUUAUUUGACUUAUAUCGCUUGACGAUUUUCACUGGGUAUCUUUAUAGUGAUAUGUUACAUGGAGCAAGAGAUGAGCCUCCUGCUCUUGGAGGAAUUCACUCCGAACAUGCUACAACUUCUCUGGGAGAAAUUUUGACAGAAGAUGAUGUUUUUGAGUCUUCUCAUUCUGGUAAUCAUAGUUAUAUCUUAAAACAUUUGGCUGCUUCUGCUUUAAUUGAGAAUCUGGACUCUGGGGAUAGACAAGACUUUCUUCCAGCAACGAGCUAUUGGGCAGGCAAAGGUUCUGUGUCUGGGUUUGACAUGACAAUCACAUUAUCUGAGAUUCAGAUGCUUUUGGAUCUGGCUGUGUUGUUGUCUGGGGUAUCCAGUGGAAUGGCAAAUGAGAAACAGAAACAGAACAUUGCUUUUAGGAAUCAAGGCCAGAUCAAUAACCCAGAUUAUGUGGUUCCUGAUGGAGCAAUUGUGACGAUCAAGGAUCUUCACCAACACUUGUAUUUUGCCGUUGAAGCUGUCGGUAGAAAGUAUCGUUUGGUUGGAACACUUCAUUAUUCUCUUGUUGGAGAGCGGGCUCUCUUCAGGGUGAGUUACUAUAAGAGAUGGGGGUCAAGGGCUUCAUCAUUUUCUUUGUUAUCAUUGUAUGCAAAGAAUGAUGAAGGUGAACCAUUGCGUCUGAACUUCUGCCCAGGAUCUGACUUUGUUGAAAUCUCUAGCAGUGACGAUAAGAGCUGGGCCCAGUGGCAAUUCUAUCCAUACAUGUCAGAUAAUUAUGAGGAUGAUAAUGUUGUGAAAUCAUAUGGCAUAUCUGUUAAGAAUGCUUUGUACCUUGUGAACAAGAAGAAUAAUUCUGCCGUCGCUUUUGUUGAUGGCCGUCCAGAAUUUGUUAAGAAACCUGGGAACCCACUAAAGGCAAAGGUGAUCAAGAGAACUUCUCAAACAAUUGAUAUUGAGAAACAGGAUGUUUCUAACAAAUUCUCUUCUAGAACUUCUGAAACCAAUGUUCAGGGAGGGUCAUUUUCUGGAAGUGGGGAGGAGUCAGUGCUGGAAAACAAUCCCCCACAUAUAAAUAUUACCAUUGACAGUAUUAGUUUGACCAUUCUUCAUGAAGUUUCAGACAAAAAUCACAAAAUGCCACUUCUUCAGAGCUGCAUCAAUGAUAUGAAUGUAAUUGGUCAGGUGUUGCCAUCAAAGUUCAGAAUUAUCAGCUUAUUAAAUUUUGCAACCCAAUAUUUUGAUGCACAAAAAGAUCUAUGGAGGGAACUCAUUUCUCCCAUUCAUAUGUGUUUGCUAUACCAUUCUAGAUUUACACCUGAAAGGUCUCUGCAUCAAAAAGUUCCUGUUCAUUUCUAUUUUAGGAUGAAGCAGGUAGCGAUACAUCUGACAACACUUUCCCUUGAUAUACUUCUUUAUAUUGCGGGGAAGUUGAAUCUAGCUGGUCCAUAUGCAAUAAGAAGCUCAAUCAUCUUUGGCAAUUGCUGUAAGCUAGAAAAUCAGUCAGUUUUGAGACUCAUUUGCCAUUUUGCUGAUAAUCAAGAAGCGAUAAUCCCUGGAAAACAAUCAAGUUCGGUAUUGUUAAGUUACAUAGCGUCGAGUGGUCAGCUUUCUGAAAGUCAAAACUUGGUGUCAGUUUCUCUUGUUGGAGACAAUGCUUUUACUACUAGUCCUAUUACUCUGUCACUUUCCAAACCUGCCUUUUUGGCAUGGCGGACAAGAAUUUUAUCUCAUCAUGAUGCAGGAAAAUUCCCUGGGCCAUUUAUUGUGCUUGAGGUUUCCAAAAAUACUGAGGAAGGUCUAUCACUAGUUGUUACUCCUUUGUUAAGGAUUCACAAUGAAAGUGGAUUUCCUACCGAAUUACGCUUCCGGAGGCCUCAAGAGGAUGAGGCUGAAGCUGCGUCUGUUAUGCUGAGAACUGGGGAUACAAUUGAUGACUGUAUGGCAUCAUUUGAUGCUUUAAAGUUGUCAGGGGGCUCGAAAAGGGCUUUGAUGUCUUUAACUCUUGGAAAUUUUCUACUAUCCAUUAGACCUGAUGUCACAGAAUAUCUCAAGGAAGACAUGACAUCAGUUUCAACAAGUUGGUCUGAAGAAUUGACGGGUGAAAAAUCUGUUCGUGUAUCCGGAAUUUUGGAUAAAUUAAACUACAAGCUGAGAAAAACUUUUGGUAUUGAGGCAACAAAAUCAUUCUUCAGCAUUGUUAGUUGUCCCCUUAAAGUUGAAGGUCAGCAUGUCUCCAAUGUACAUUUUCUUAUUGAGACACUUAGAAGAGAGGUGCCUGUGAUACAACCUGAAAACAGCGUGAACAAAUCAGAGACUAUCGUUUCACCAGUUGCAUUGCAAAUGCAGAAGGAAAUUUUUAUAUACCCCACAAUUCAGGUCUAUAAUUUCUUGCAAUCAGAUAUUCAGGUUCUUAUGACUGAAAAUCAACCAGAUAUUGACAUGGCUAGUGCUUUUAGCAACUUUGGAAAGCAAGCAAUCAUUCCAUGUGGUUCAAAUGCUUACUUUUACGCAAAUCCUGAUGCUGUCUACUUCACAGUAACUUUGAUUGAACAUUGUUCCAAGUGCAGGCCAGUAAACAGUGGUGACUGUGUUAAAAAAUUGCAUAAACAAAAAAAUGAGGCCCAGUUUAUUGACAUAGAGUUGGAUUUUGGUGGGGGGAAGUACUUUGCUUCUCUAAGAUUGUCUUGUGGAGAGAGAGGGAUCUUAGAGGCAACCAUUUUUAGUUGUUAUGUUCUGCAGAACAACACUGAUCUCCCUUUGUUCUGCUAUGCUUCCAGUCAGAAGUUUCUCCCUUGGACUGAGAUUGAAGCUAAAAAGGAUAGCUCCAACUUUCCUCCUCAUCUAGGUUGUCUUUUACAACCUAUGUCUUGUGGAUCAUGGUUCCUGAAAUCAAACAAAGUGAAUAUCAAAUGUUUGGGAGAGAAGAAGACAUCAGAAGCAUUAUUGAACCUGGAUAUAUUAUCUGGCUUUACUGAGCUUUCCUUGGAAGGUUUGGAUGCUGGGAAUAACAAUCACAUAUUGAAGCUCGGUGUUUCAUUACACCCUAAAGUUGACAAAGCAGGUUUGCCAUCUCAGUUAGUAUGCAUUGCCCCUAGAUAUCUGAUAUCUAAUGAAUCAAAGGAACCAGUGAUGGUUCGUCAAUGCCAUCUAGAGGAUGAGUUGAGUGGGGUCGUCCUUGUUCAGUCCAAACACAAAGCUACAUUUUGGAUGAAGAAAAUUUACUCGGAAAGGAGAAAAAUUAAUUUCUUUCAAUCAAUUCUUGAAAAGCACAAAAGCAAGGAUGGAGAUUCGCUGAUCUUUGUCCAGUUUUCCUUAAAAGAAAUAGAAUAUGGCUGGUCUGGUCCAAUUUGUGUUUCCUCACUUGGUAGGUUUUUCUUGAAAUUCAGAAGAACGUCAGCUGGUCUUGGUACUCAGUCAGAUUCAUCUGCUUGGAAGGACAAUCAGAAAGUGCAGUUUGCUGCUGUCCAUAUUGUGGAAGAAAGCUCCAGUUUAUAUUUACACUUCUAUAGACCUCCAAAUUUUCCAUUACCUUACCGAAUUGAAAAUUGCAUGUCUGGUACAUCUAUCAUGUAUCAUCAAAAGGAUUUUAUGGAAUCAGACUUGUUACUUUCUGGAGAUUCAGUUGAGUAUGCUUGGGAUGACUUGAACUUGCCACAUAAGCUAGUGGUUCAAAUUGUUGAUAUGAAUGUAUCACGAGAAAUUAAUAUUGACAAGGUGUGCACAUGGAAGCCAUUUUUCAAGAUCAUGCAAAAUAAAGGUCCAGUUAUACCUUUGGUAUCUGAGAAGAGAUCAGAAGUUGGAAAAAGAACCAUUGAUGGCACUCGUGGAUUAGAACUUUUCAUGGUGGGUUAUGAAGUGUUUACAGAUGGGUUUACCAGAGUAUUAAGAAUUUGUGAGCGUCCUGAUGGUUAUAAAAAGGAGAAGUUGCUUCUGCCCAGCUCAAAUAUGCAAUUUAGAGUUUCGUAUUUUGCAAUUCACUUGCUUGAGAAUGGCAGGCAGGAUGCUCGUGGAACUGAGCUGCCAGAUCGGUCCACUCUUAUACUUUUAAGAUUUGAAAACAUAGCUUUGGAUUCCUUGAUUGCAGAUGACUAUAAAUACAACCAUUUAAGAGUUCAGGUAAUUAGUGUGGAUGAAAAAUGGGAAGGAGCGCCAUUUGCAUCAAUGAUUCGAGGAAGUCACAGUGAUCCUGGCUUGAAUGAGGAUAUUCUUCGUGUGGUCUUUGUCCUGCAGUCGACCAAUUCUAAAGUUAAACAAGUUAAAUACUCCUCUAUUGUUCUACAGCCAAUUGAUCUAAAUGUUGAUGAGGAGACUUUGAUGAGGCUUGUUCCAUUCUGGAGAACUUCUGUCAGUGAUCCUACAACACGGAGUCAGCAGUUCUAUUUUAAGCAUUUUGAGAUCCACCCUAUUAUGAUCAAAGCAAGUUUUCUACCGGGGAAUCCAGAUUUGAAUUAUAGCUCCACCCAAGAAACACUAAGGUCAUUUUUGCACAGUGUGGUUAAGGUGCCAACAAUAAAGAAUACAGUUGUGCAGCUGAAUGGCAUCCUCCUGACGCAUGCUUUAGUGACCUCUCGUGAGUUGCUUAUAAAGUGUGCAAAGCAUUACUCUUGGUAUGUGAUAAGAGGUGUAUAUAUGGCCAAAGGAAGUCAACUGCUUCCACCAGCCUUUGCUUCAAUUUUUGAUGACACAGCCUCAUCUUCUCUAGAUGUUUUCUUUGAUCCUUCUGAUGGCUCAAUCAAUCUUCCUGGAAUUACUUUAGGUAUGUUCAAAUUUAUCAGCAUGUAUGCCAAAGCAAAGGGCCUUUCAGGGACAAAGCGGUACUUUGGUGAUUUGGGGAAAACUAUGAAAAUGGCAGGUUCAAAUGCUCUAUUUGCUGCUCUCACGGAAAUUUCAGACAAUGUUUUAAGUGGGGCAGAAACAAAUGGUUUCAAUGGCAUGGUGACUGGUUUCCACCAAGGUAUACUUAGAUUGGCUAUGGAGCCAACUUUAUUGGGUGCUGCUAUAAUGGAAGGAGGUCCAGACAGAAAAAUUGAACUUGUUCGUAGUCCAGGGGUUGAUGAGCAAUAUAUCGAAGGGUACCUGCAGGCUAUGCUGGAUACUAGGUACCAGCUAGAAUUCCUUCGUGUGAGGGUGGUAGAUGACCUGGUUUAUCUCAAGAACCUACCUCCAAACACUUCUGUCAUUAAUGAAAUUGUGGAAAAUGUGAAAAGCUUUCUUGUGAGCAAGAAUUUGUUAGAAGGAGAUGGUUCUACCACUUCUCAUCCUUUCCGUCAUUUGCGCGCUGAACAUGAUUGGAGACUUGGGCCAGCAGUGCUGACUCUGUGUGAACACCUGUUUGUCCAUUACGCAAUCCACAUAUUGCAUCAAGAAGCAAGUAAAUUCCUUGUUGGCAUCAGAUCGAAAACCAAAAAAGAUGGAGAUGAAGGCGAGUCUCCAGAAGCAGGCCCAGAAAAACAUACUCGGAAACAAGCUGUUGUUAAGUUUGUUUUAUCAGGUAUAGUUGCUUAUAUGGAUGGGAGGUUGUGCCGUCAUAUACCCAAUCCUAUUGCAAGAAGGAUUGUUAGUGGAUUUUUGUUGAGCUUCCUUGAUCAGAAAAGCAGUAAAUGAGUUUGCAAAACUCACUUCCGCUUAUGUUAUCUCUUAGUGAGGUAUGUAUACUAGAAAAUGGAUUAUAGUUUAUAUCAGCAUCACAUUCAAGAAGUGUGUUAAAUUUGAGGUGCACCAAGAAGCUUAGCAGUAAAACUUACUGACUACAUUGUCUAUUUGGGCCUCAUUUUGUGUAAGCGCAAUUUAAUCAGAUCAUCUCCAUGAAGUUUAGUCAGGUUUUGAUGUGAACCCUUUCUUAUUA